AUACAAAUCUUUCAUUUCAUUCUCUUUAUAUAUGUUAUAACAACCCACCAUUUAGCAUCUCUAAACCAAUCUUGAAGAAGAAAAACAGCAAAUAUUGGAGAAGGAAAGUUUAAUUGCAAUUUUACUGAAUCAAAUUAUUAGUGAAAGAAAGAUGGAGUGUGUUUUGGCUCAUGAGAAGGAUUUGAAUCUCAAGGCAACAGAGCUUAGAUUGGGUUUACCAGGGGGGACAGAUGAAGAAUCUGACAAAGAAAUUGCCUCAAAUUUUAUGAAGAAUAACAAGAGGGCUUUGCCUGAAGAUGAAGAUUGUGAAUCAAACUCCAUUUCUGAUCCCAAAACCCCACCUGUUGCCAAGGCACAAAUUGUUGGGUGGCCACCAGUGAGAUCUAACAGGAAAAAUAGCUUCCCACCAUCAAAGAAUACAGAAACUGAGUGUGGGAUGUAUGUCAAAGUUAGUAUGGAUGGUGCCCCUUACCUUAGAAAAAUUGAUCUGAAAUUGUACAAGGGUUAUCCAGAACUGUUAAAGGCCUUAGAGAAGAUGUUCAAGCUGAGCAUAGGUGAAUAUUCAGAAAGGGAAGGGUAUAGAGGGUCUGAAUUUGCCCCUGCUUAUGAAGAUAAAGAUGGUGACUUGAUGCUUGUUGGAGAUGUUCCUUUUGAAAUGUUCUUAUCAUCAUGCAAGAGGCUAAGGAUAAUGAAAGGAUCAGAAGCAAGAGGCUUAGGAUGUGGAGUUUGAGAAGAAGAAUUAGAGGAUUAUAUUAUGAGUUCUUCUCUCUUUAAGCAGGAAAAAGGGGGUCUUUUUCAGCUUGGGUUCUCGAGUUGCAAGAAUCUGGAAAUUUGUUUUCACUGACUGGGAAGUGCAAAACAGAAGAAAGAGCCUAACCAUUUGCAGUUUUGUUUUAAAGGGGUAAAAUGAUACUCUUAUUCCUAUAUGUUGUGCAGGCUUUAGAAACCAUGGUGGUUUCUAUAGAUCCUUCAGUGUAAUAAUAGCAUUGAACAUAUGAAUGAAGAAUGUAUUUUCUAUGGAAGAAAUUGUACAGACACAGUAUUCUCAAAUGAAAAUGAGAUCUUUCCUUUGUUCUCUU